GUUGCAUCAACGGUUUAAUUGCGCCGGUGGAUCGUAACGAUGCUGAAGAAAAUUCGUGUAUAUCCCAGAUAACGCUAUGACAUUGGUACAAAACGACGACAACGAGAAGAUAUCGAGGUAAUUUCGUGGGGAACAAUUCGCACGGCAACAUCAUCGUACCAAGUCCAAUUAACGAGAACAUUUUUCAAGGCCUAUCCAGCCACAGUAUCGCAUUUCGGAUACGUCGCGAAAAUGCUAUAAACUACGGAACGAAACGAUCGCCCCUGUUUCUCGCUUCUUUGUCACCGCCAACCCCAGCUGCUCUACCAUCGCCACCACCGACGAAUCUUCUCGCCGACAUUUGGAUUCACCAUUAAACAUGGUCUCGGCUUAUCUUAACUGAUAUCUAGUUGGUUUCUUGGAUCUUGGGAUGUGAGUCGACGAGGAACCUUGCUUCGAUUCUUUUGUUUUGGAUAUUCAACGAUCGACGACGAAUAUUUGGAUGGGACCAUCGAAUGAGUGUCUCCAGUCAACUGGCAUCUACCUAGCGAUAUGGCAAGGCGUUCGAAAAAGUCUAAGAUGAGAAUUCAUAGAUGCACGCGUCGCGUGUGGCGGAGGAUCCGUAGACGACGUCGCGCGUCAUUUUCUAAAAGGCCAGCUAUCGGUCAGCAACGUCGCGUCGUCGGGGUUGCGGUUAAUCCAGUCCGUUGGUCGCGGUCGUGGUCGUGGUCGGCAUCGUGCACGCGGCCGGUCGUAGAUAGUGGGUGGCAAGGUUGUCGAGAAGCAUGCAGAGAAGAGAGUCCAGGGUGAGAGAGAGAGAGAGAGAGAGAGAGAGAGAGAGAGAGAGAGAGAGAGAAGAGGAGGAGAGAAGAGUAAGAGAGAAGCGAAGGAGGACCAGGAAGCAUAUCGGAGGAUGAGGAGCAGGAGGUGGGAGGAGGAGGCAAGAGGAGGAGAAAGAGCAGAGAAGCGGGCAAGCGCAAGCGCCUGUCCGAUCAAUGCCCGUCUCCCGCUUCUAUAAAGCGCUCGUCCUCGGGGGGCGCGCGACAGUUGGCGUUCCGCAUUCGGAACAUGCGCCGCGUCGCGGUUAUACCAAGUUCACUGUUUCUCUUACAAUUAGAAAACCUUCUAGUACGUAUCAUUCUCGCCAGCUCGUUCGGGAGAAAACGUCGGGUGAAUCUCGGCCCGAAAACACAUCGUUAAUGGUGACCGACCUUGUCACGCCGCACCAGUCUUGUUUAUCACGGCGAGGAAAGCGGUCGCGUGUGUUGCUCUUCGAUUACAAUAACAUUGUACGAAAAUCGUUGGAACGGUACGGACUGGAAAUUGCGCAGUUCGACGUGAAACGUCGCACGAUCGUAAUCUAACGUUAACUCGAUUUCCAAUAAGUGAUCGCGAUUCGAGUCGCGUUCAGCAGUGAUCAAACGGAGAACGAGAUCGGUCAACGAGUGAUAUCGCCGAGAUAAGUGUCGCGGAGAGUGGUUGUUCGCUGACAAUUGGCAGAAAGAAACUCGAGGAGAAUACGUUGGAGGGUAGGAGCGAGUUCGGAGCGCGGGACGAUAAUACGCAGCCAGUGGAUCCGCGAUCACUUCGUCGCGUGUUCCCCGGAAAUCCGGCGCGUCGAGCACCGAUGUCCAGGCUCCGCGCCACCGUUCCACAGACGGUCUGACGUCACGACCAUUGACGAUCGAGUUAGCCGCGUUAGAGGCGCGUUCUCGAACGUCGUCUCCGAAGCAUCACCGACGAUUCGACCGAUCAGAUCGUUUCACGUCGCGCGUCACGGCACGACGAAGCCGCGGCUUGAUUACUGGCUCGCUUCUCGCGACGUGUCAGCGACAUUCGUCCCGGGCGAGAUACAUCCGGGCAGGCGUCAGAGCGGCGGUCGCUGGACCGUCCGGCGGACGUCUCGACCGCCGUACGGCGAACCGCUGGAGCCAGGAGGUGGAAAAGGAGGGGCUGUGGAGGUGGUGGAGGAGGAAGGCCCGCGGACGUGCAACAAGUUAAGAGGUCACCGCCGCUACCGUCGACAUCGCUGCCGCCGCCACCGUCCUCGCCACGAUGUGACAUGGAUAUCCUAGCCGUAGCCUGCGCCCUCGUCGCCACGGCCCUCUACUGCAACACCCUGCAAGCGGGUUUCGUCUACGAUGAUCGAAGAGCUAUUCUGACGAAUCCGGACCUGCUGUCCAGCACGCCGUGGUCCCGGCUGCUGGAGAACGAUUUCUGGGGCACGCCACUGAACGAUCGAGGCUCCCACGGAAGUUACAGGCCUCUUUGCGUGGCUACCUUUCGCCUGAAUCAUCUACUGGGCGGCCUGGAACCGUGGGGCUAUCAUCUGGUGAACGUCGCGCUGCACGCCGCCUGCACCGUGCUUGUGGUUAGAGUUGCCAGAAAGGUAUUGCCUGAAAGAAACAAUCUCGGCCACGCGAUCACCGGCUUCCUGUUCGCGGCGCAUCCGAUUCACAGCGAAGCAGUGGCCGGCGUGGUCGGUCGUGCCGAUCUUCUCGCCUGUCUGUUGACCUUGUCAGCGUUACUCGCAUACAGCGCCCACUGCGAGCGCACCAGGUCGCCAUUUCCUUUGAUUCUGGCCCUUGUGUCGUCGACCCUGGCUACCCUCGCCAAGGAAACGGGAAUAUCCUCGUUGGCUCUGUGUCUCCUCUGGGAACUGUGUCGCGGCGAGUCGAGUCGAAAGGUGAAUUGCGGCUUGACUCGCUCACGUAGCAUCGGCAUCGUGUCUGGAAGUUUGGCGUUGUUGGUUCUUGGUAGACUGAGGAUUACCGGCACGAGGCCAGAAUUCGCGAGCGCGGACAACCCGACGGCCAGGCACCCAUCUCGCCUGACACGCGGUCUUACAUUCCUCUACCUACCCGCAGCAAGCGCCAGGAUGUUACUUUGUCCCAAUACACUAAGCUUCGACUGGUCCAUGGACGCCGUGCCGCGAAUCACGAGCCUCCUUGACGCGAGAAAUCUCGAAUCCGCCUGUUUGUACACCGCGCUAAUCGGCGCCUCGAUCUGGACGAUCAAGACGCUUCGUCGACCAGUCCGGGAGACCAGUCUACAUCUCGUGCAGUAUCCUCGCUCCAUGUCGUCCAGGUGUCCCGUGUGUGCCGGCAGGCGAACAGGAGGAUGUCACACGGAUGGGUGUCGGGCGGCGAACAACAAUAACAACGGGCCGAUCGGUGAUUGUUACUGCGCGAAGAGGCCUAACAAUGGAUUAAUCUGGAGCAACGGAUUCGCCAGCAGGCAGGCGGCUGCGAGUGGUGUCGCCGCGUCCCUCGGUUUCCUCGUGCUUCCCUUCCUACCGGCUAGCAAUUUGUUCUUUUACGUGGGCUUCGUCAUAGCCGAGAGGAUUCUCUAUUUACCGAGCGUGGGCGCGUGUUUGAUCGUCGGAGCCGCGAUCUCUGGAUGUUAUCAGAUAGCAAGAAGACACGGAUCGAGAAGGAAAGGCAGGGCAGUGCUGCUAGCCACGGCGGUACUCGUUUGUCUGAUGUCGGCUAAGACGUUAUUAAGGAACGCCGACUGGUUCGACGAGGAGAGCCUCUAUAGAUCGGCUCUGCACGUGAACCCUCCAAAAGCUUAUGGUAAUUUGGGCAGUGUGCUGAGCGCUCAGGGACGCGUCGCGGAGGCGGAGGAGGCGUUCGUCCAGGCGCUCCGCUAUCGACCGAACAUGGCGGACGUACACUACAAUCUGGGAAUACUGCAGCAAGGCAGGAAGAAUUACGAGGAGGCGAUUUUGAGUUAUCAGCGAGCGAUCCAUUUCCGGCCUUCGUUAGCUCAGGCUUACGUGAAUCUGGGCGCGGCACUGGCCUCGGUCGGACGUGGAACGGAAGCGGCUGCGGUUUUGCGGGCCGGCGCAUCCUUGGACGGUUCCGGCCUCAAGGACAAGAGGGCUCACGAGGCAGCCAGAGUACAGGCCCUCCUUCAAUUAGGCGCUCUCUACGCCGAUCAGGGUAGAUUACAAAGGGCCCUGUCCGCGUACAGGGAAGCGCUGCAUGCGUUGCCGGAUCACUAUCCACCUCAGAGCGUUUACAAUCUGCUGGGGGAAACUCUAUCGAGGCUGCAACAGUACGCGGAAGCGGAAAGGUGGUUCCAGGCGAGUUUGGCCAGCCAGCCUGACCACGUGCCGGCCCACAUCACUUACGGGAAACUUUUGGCCCGAAACUCGAGCCGUGUGCUGGAGGCUGAGAGAUGGUUCCUGAGAGCCCGUAGAUUGGCGCCGGACGACUCGAGCGUGCACCAUCAUUACGGACUGUUCCUGACGUCGCAGGGUCGGCUAUCGGAGGCGGCAGAGGAGCAACUCCGCGCCGCCGAACUUUCCAGAUCCGAUUACGAGCUGUCGAUGGCGGCGGCGUCCGCGCUGCGCCAAGCGGACCGGCUGGAAGACGCGGAGGUGUGGUACAGGCACGCGGCCACCUUGAGGCCGCACGAGGCGCGAAGUCACACAAACCUCGGCGCGAUUCUUCACCUGAACGGGAAAUACAAGCAAGCGGCGGCUGCUUACAGCGAGGCGUUGAGGCUGCAGCCUGGCGAUGCGACGACCAUCAUGAACCUGCACAAACUGGCGGCCACUCUCGCGUGACCUCGUCACGAGACCGCGGCGAACACCCAACAGAGAAACAAGUGUGUGUACGAUACGACCCCAGGAAAGACCCUGUACCGACUCGCCGUAUUUCCUGACCCCACGUCACCCCGAUCUUCCUCCCGAUAUUCGUUUAUAUCCGUCGACCGGCACGCCAACGUCGCGGGGCGGAAGCCCCCGGGGACCUUGACGCGCUAUCGACUCGUAUCGCCUGCUAUGGUAUGUAAAGAAUAAAGCUUCCUUUAUUUUUCUCUAA